CAGAGAGGAGAUAGCCGUUCCAGUAUACAAAAUACAGAGUGAAGAGUCUCCAACAAGAUUAACUGUCAGCACAGAACUCAUAGGACAAAUAAAUAGGACUGCAUCUAAAAAACACAAAAAAUCUUAAUGAAAACAAAGAUACAGAGAAAGGCAGCAAGUAGAGUGGAACAGCACCAGAGAAAGCUAACAGUACCAUGUACAACAAGAUACAGCUAUUUUUUUCUUGGCCUUUCCUGCUUCUACUGUCUCUGCCUGUUACUACUAUAGGAUCCACGGCUUUACCCACUGAGAACAAAACACAGUCACUGGAAAACAACGGCACUGAUUUGAAUAGUAAAAAUUCCAGUUCUGUGACCACCAUUGCCCCAACAUUGAUAAACAAUCAGUCUUAUGCUCCUCUACGCACCAAGGUCACACAAGGUCACAAAAGUACAAGAGAGCACAUUCGUUACAUAACGGGUGGAACUGGUGAAGAUUACUAUGAAGAUGACAAUGAAGAAACAAUACCUCCCAUCCCACCGAACAUCAUUCUUGUGCCUUGCCCAUAUGAUCGCUGCAAACACUUGGAAACUCCAUGUGAAGAAACACAAAGGAGGGCACAAGGUAGAUGUCUUUGUCCUGGGAUAAAUGGACCAACAAUCCGUCCAAGUAAGCCUCAUCUUACUCAAAUAACCCCUGGGGAAAGAGAUAUUAAUAUGAGCUGGUGCUCUCCUCUGUCCACUGUCCAUGGUUAUAAGGUACUUUAUGGUCCUCCUAUAGGCUUGUUGGAGAGAGGGCCUGUUCUUAAUGACUCAUUUCGCUUUUGCGUCAUAGAUGGACUCCUACCAAAUACCCCUUAUCGAGUUUGCAUAUUGGCUUUUAAUGACGCAGGAGAAAGUCCAGUUGAAGAGGGAAAUUUAGAAUUGGAUUCUGAAACAACCGUGUCCUGCAGAUUGAUCCAUACAACAUCAUCCAAGGAGUUAUAUAUUUAUGUUGGGGUGGGACUGGCUGCCCUAGCAGGGUUGGUAGGGCUAGCCAUUCUUGGGUACUGCUUGUACCAGAAGAGAAAGAGCAACAAAGAAACUAAUUGGGAGGAAAUGGUAUUACCAGACCAGUUAUAUAGGGGGCAUAGUGUUGAGCAGUUGUAAAAUUGAUUUAUUACCAUCUAGGGAAGUGUGCUUGGUGUAUUGAUGUGGGUCCUGAAUGAAGCAUGAUAUAUGUGCAAGAAGCAAAUGUGCAUGGUAGUUGGUGGAUGACUACUGAAAGAAGCUGGGUUCCUCAGAAAUAUUAGGUCACAGGUUUGCAGAAGUACAGAUAUUUUUGAAAGUGGUAAAAAAAGCAUACACUUAAAAAAUAAACAUUGCUCCCUCUCUCAGAAAGUAUACGGCCCAUGCUUUUUCUCCAUCCACAAAUUUUUUCCCAAAUGUCUUAGAAAUCUCUCCCAUAAUCCUCUUCUCAUUCCUGGCCAUCUUAGUAAGGAAAGAUGGAGUCAAUGGAUGUACUCUUGGACAGACUUCUAUUAUAAUUACCCUAGUGGUGCCAAAAUGAAUCCUGUUUUAUGACAUGCUAGUUAGCCGGGCUGUGAGCGACCACCGAGUUCCAAGUGGUGCUCACUGUACGUAACAAUUCAAGGAUAAUGGCAGCCAGGCUUUUUCACGUGUGCUGGGUUCUUUGUCCAGCGCACUUUUAAAAAGCAUGUUUGAAACAAAAUUCUAAUGUGUCAACUAUUUAUGAUGACUUAAUUCAUAUAUUUAAUUAUAAAUAUGUAACUGUGGAUCUAGUAUAUCUUAGUUUAUAAGUUGAUGAAUGUGUAUAAUGGUAAUUGCAUAUGUGCAAUUGUAAAUUCUAUAUGUAAUUAAGUAUUGCAGUAUAGGUGAUCCAGGAAAUACAUGAUCACGUGAAUCGACUGACGAAGUAAUUUACCAAAGUGAGAUUUCAAAGUUAAUUUCAAUUAAGGUCAAAAUAGCCGAAAAAUGAUCU